AUGAGUGACACCACGCUCAGGUUGCAGUCGAUGCUGCUAAAGGACCUCAGGAUGUGCACAAUGAGGCGAUGGAUGGCCAGGCGGCAGAAAAUGGUGUUCCAGAUUUUUAUGGAGAAAUCUAAGGAUUCAGCUUGCGGCCCUAUAGAUCGAUCACUGUUGUUCAUGCAGGAGGAUCAUAUUAGCACCUCCAUCUGGGAGGGCGAUGAUAGGCUCAGGUUUGAUGUCAGACAGUAUACCACAUGUAUGGAUAAGUGGGUUUUGGAUGAUGAGCAGAGGCAUCUUCUUGAUUCUUGGGGUUUUGGGGUAUUUGCUCACCCUCAGGUUGUUCGACAGAACGACAUUGCCCUGAUAAGAGCCCUUGUUGAGAGAUGGAGGCCGGAGACAAACACCUUUCACUUCCCAUUCGGUGAGAUGACCAUCACACUAGAGGAUGUCUACAUGCUUAUGGGUCUGCCGAUCAGCGGUCGUGCUCUUACUUUCACAGAUCUUGCUACUCCACAGCAGUAUUGGCUUACUCAGUGGGAGGAUUUGAGGUUGGAGAAGGGGCCUGUCCGAAAGAAGAAGUCUGACAAGAAGAAGAAGAAGAAGAAGUCUAAAGGGAAGGGGAAGUCUGAACGGGAGAAGAUGUGGUCAGAAAACGCGAGUGCAGUUAGUUUGUAUUCAUUGCGGGAAACAUAUAAGAAGAAGCCAAAGUCAAAGCGUCCUGAAUAUUUAGAGCAGGAUACCAGGGUGUAUACCCGAGCCUAUGUGUUCUGGAUCAUAGGGGCUAUUCUUUUUCCUACAUCAUCCAGAGCUACUGUCCAUCCCCGAUACAUACAGUUGCUGCAGAAGACGGAUGAAAUCAUUGAUUAUGCCUAG